AUGAACGAUGUUCUAAAUCAAGACCAUCAGCCGGAGGAGCUCCGGCGCGUGCGCGUAGACAUGGGAACACUAGACAGGCACAAACAACAAUUCGUAGAAUUUCUUGAAGCGGAAGAUGGUCCGGCUAAUUACAAGGAUAGCAUCGCGCACACCCUAAGCAAGAAGGGCAGGCGCGUCGUGGUCAAUCUGAACGAUUUGCGGGAAUUCGACGUGGAAUUGGCACGCCGCGUGAUUACGUCACCGCUAGAAUACCUGCUCGCUUUAGAGACCGCUGUUAAAGAGGUAGCGCAGCGCCUGGACCCAAGUUUUGGGAAAUUGCUUUCGCAGCACGACCAGUUAAAAGUGGGCUUCGAUGGUGCCUUUGGGAGGAACCAUGUGUCUCCGCGCGGGCUCACCUCCAGGCGCCUGGCUCAACUCGUGUGCGUGGAAGGCAUCGUCACCAAAUGCUCCCUAGUCCGCCCCAAGGUCGUCCGCUCAGUACACUACUGCCCCGCCAAGCAAGAGCACCUGGUCCGAGACUACAGGGACGCCACCUCCAUCUCCAUCGGCCUGGAAGCGGGGGGCCGGCCCAUGUUGCCGACGAACAACACGUACCCCAACAAGGACAAGGACGGGCACCCCUUGGAGACAGAGUUUGGGCUUUCCACCUACAAGGACCAUCAGAGCGUGACCAUCCAGGAGAUGCCC